AUGGCCUACGUCGACCUCGGCUACUCAGCCUUCGAGCAAAGCGACGAGUUCCUCCACCCUGAGACCGGCUGCGUGCUUACACUCCGCUACGGACAGGCCAAUGUGCGACAUUACAUGGGCGGCAACCACCAGGAUACGCGACCCGUCUUGAGAAGACCCGAAGACCUCCUUUUCCGCAUCAGCCAUCCAGCAGGCUACACCUGGGACGACUACGCGUCGGGACCAGAACAAAUGGAGCAGAUCAUAGGGCUACCGAAGAGAGACAAUCCGUGGGACCGCUGGAUCGUGCGAGGAGACGUCCCCCUCCACGGCAGGUUCGAAAUCGGCACGCUCGACCAGCUGCGCUCUCAGUGGAACGAUUCGCUCCCUGACGUCGCGCCUGGGGUUCUUACGGCCCACCAGCCUCCUCCCGCAGGUACCUGUGCUGAAACAGCCAAAGGAAACGUCGCGCUAGAUCGCAUGAACCGUGGCGGACCCAUGCAAGCGCCUAUUCCUGCCGUGGACCAAGCUAUCGUGGCUAGACAGCGCCUUGGAGGCCCGAGUACUGCCUUCGACCAAGCAUAUCCAGGUGUGCGGAUUCCGCAGCCUGUUGCUGGUCCGAACGUCGGCGCACCUCAAGUACAUCAACCACUGCAGCAAGUGCAGGCCGCUCCGCCUUCAACCCAUCAAGCUCCUCCAGUGCAACAGCAACACCACCAGGGUCAUCAGGGUCAAGACCAACCUGAUGACGAUAUGAUUGACCCCUUCCUGUUGGCUGUGCAAGCGGGACAACUGGCUGGGCAGCAGCCCUACCUAACCAGCACGGAUGAGCAAGGCGACGACUUUGACGAUGGAGCGGGCCAGGGCUACAAUCAGCAGUAG